GGGAGCGUUAGAAGAAAAGAGACGACCGGAAAAUGGUCAUCGAGGGUCGGCCGAGUAAGACGCGAGGUUAACUGGAGAAGGCCCUGGUCCCUGCCUGUCCGGGGUGACUCCGUCCUUGUGCGUAUGGAGCCAGCUGCCUCCAGACCCUUCUCCCUGCCGGCCGCCCUUCUCCUCUCCCUGCUCCUCAGCCUGUUUGCACGAGUCUCAGCACAGCUUACUGUCGUGGGACCAGCAGAUCCAAUCCUGGCCAUGGUGGGAGACAACAUCACAUUAAGCUGCCACCUGUCUCCCGAGAAAAAUGCUGAGGACAUGGAGGUGCGGUGGUUCCGGUCGCAGUUCUCCCCGGCGGUGCUGGUGUAUAAGGGAGGGCUAGAGAGAGCAGAGGAGCAGAUGGAGGACUACCAAGGAAGAACCACCUUUGUGAGCAAAGACAUCAGCAGGGGGAGUGUGGCCCUGGUCAUACACAACGUCACAGCCCAGGAGGACGGCUUCUACCGCUGUUACUUCCAAGAAGGCAGAUCCUAUGAUGAGGCCAUCCUGCGCCUCAUGGUGGCAGGCCUGGGCUCUAAGCCCGUCAUUGAAAUGAAGGGCCACGAGGACGGGGGCAUCCGGCUGGAGUGCACAUCUGGAGGGUGGUACCCUGAGCCCCGCGCGGUGUGGAGGGACCCCUACGGUGAGGUCAUGCCCGCCCUGGAGGAGGCUUACACGGCUGACGCAGACGGCCUCUUCACGGUCACCACGGCUGUGAUCAUCAUUGAUUCCUCUGUGAGGAACAUGUCCUGCUCCGUCAACAACACGCUGCUUGGCCAGAAGAAGGAAACCGUGAUUUUCAUCCCAGAAUCCUUUAUGCCCCACACAUCUCCCUGGACAGUGGCCCUGGCUGUCUUCCUGGCUAUUCUGAUCAUCCUCCUGGCUGGGAGCGUCUGUCUCAUCAAGAAACUCCACAGGGAAAAAGAGAUUCUGUCAGGGGAAAGGGAGUUUGAACAUGAAGAGAAAGAAAAUGCACGGAAGGAACUGGAGAAAGAACGUGUGGAAAAAGAGAGAGAACGUCAAAUGAAAGAGAAACUUCAAGAAGAAUUGCGGCGGAGAAGAACCCUCCUACAUGCUGCUGGUGUGAGGCUGGACCCAGACACCGCUCACCCUGAGCUCUACCUGUCAGAGGACCAGAGAAGUGUGAGGCGGGGCCCUUCCCGGCAGAGGGUGCCUGACAACCCGGAGAGAUUUGACUGUCGCCCUUGUGUCCUGGGUCAGGAAAGCUUCACUUCAGGGAAACAUUACUGGGAGGUGGAGGUUGAAAACGUGAUGAUGUGGACCGUGGGGGUUUGUAGAGAUGGUGUUGAGAGAAAAGGAGAGGCCUUGCUGGUCCCUGAGAAUGGCUUCUGGACCCUGGAGAUGUUUGGAAACCAGUACCGGGCCCUGUCAUCCCCUGACAGGAUUCUCCCUCUGAAAGAGCGCCUUGGCCGGGUGGGCGUCUUCCUGGACUAUGAGGCUGGAGAUGUCUCCUUCUACAACAUGAGGGACAGAUCACACAUCUACACGUGUCCCCGUUCAGUGUUUUCUGGGCCCCUGAGGCCCUUCUUCAGGCUGGGGUCUGAUGACAGCCCCCUCUUCAUCUGCCCAGCAUUCACAGGGGCCUAUGGGAUCACAGUACCCGAGGAGGACGGCCUCAUCCUUCACAGGGCAAAGACCCACAACCGCCCACAGGACCAAUGCCCUGGAGUCAGAGAAACAUAGAGAAGCCAUGGUCACCUCAGCUACAUCUGCACAGCACCCCCUGCUGGAAAACGGGCCCUUCUUCCCUCUGUCACACAAGAGAACAUCUUUAGCUGCCUCCUUCUCACCCACUGCAGGAGCAGCCCCAGCUCUCCCCUCACUAGGCCAUGGGGCAGGGUCCAGUCUGAGGGACACUGUUGCUGC